UGGAAUUCACAAUUGCAGUCGGUUUUAGUGUGGCUCAAGACUUCCCGAAGGUAGGCAGCAUGGCUCCCCAUACACGGAUUGUUUCCCUGCUAAUUACCUGCAGCCUCAUUAUUUUCGUAACUUAUCCGAUCCACGGGGCUGAAAUAUCGUCGAAAAUUGACCUCGACGAGGAGCUGACCACACCGCCGUCCACAUUGAGCACCUCCGUGCUGAAGGCUUACCUGGACAUCAAUCAGGGCGGAGGACUCAGCCCCAAACCCCAACGAAUCUCGGCGAAACAGCCAUCGUCAGGUGGAUUUAGACAACCCGCAGGGAGGCCAGCCAACAACCGCGAGGACGAUGACGACGAGAAUGAGUUCGUCAGCAUCGAGGAUCUGUUCAAGGGAAACAGGCAGCAAAUUCAUCAGAACCCUUUGACCGCCUCACUCACCGCCAACCGGCAGGGCUUUUACGGAGCUGAGUCUGACGCUAGGCCAACGAUCAUAAACAACAUUCAUGUGACAAUAAACGCCAACGAUUCCGGACCUGGAGUGAACGGCUGCAAAAAUGGCGUCUGUGACGUCAGGGUCUCCUCGAAACCCGACGCUGAGGGAAACGUGAUAACAAAUGUCCACCUGAGCGUCGUCACCAAGUUGAAUAAGCCGCUUGUGCAGGUUAGCGAUGUUCCUGUGAUUGAAGGAACGGCGGGAUUCACAAGUCCCGAUUUUGAUCAGCUCCCGGCGUUCCAUUUUGUCGAUCAAAAUGUUCGGCACACCGGCUCCUUCUUCGACAACAACAUUCCUCAGAUACCAAUUCACAGACAGGACGAUGACUCCUGGUAUCACCAGCCACAACCCAUUUUCCAGAGAGCUAGACCCGUUUGGUAUUACGGGAGAAAUUUAGACCGGGGCUUCAAAGAGCCCCGCGGAUCUAGGCAAGGCCCUCGUGGGUGGACGGAGACCGGAAAUCGGGGGAUUAUUGACGAUAAAAUCGAACCACCCCUCAGCAGAACAAAACCCAGCAACGAACGGGAUUGACGAAGACUUUCCUAAGUGAUCAGAAAUGUCUAUUUUUGAGCAUUUCAUUUAAUGACUUACUCAUUCUUCAUUUUAUUCAUACUCAACGUAGGUACAAUACCUGCAUAGUGAGUAUUAAUGUUCACGUUGCAACUCC